AUGGCGGCGGCUCUAUGCAAACAAUGGUGCAGUAAAUACAUCAACGAUCCUUAUAACCUCGCAACCAUUGAUCACACUAUUCGAGCAGCCGUCGAGGAACCCGUUUUUAUCAUGUUUCACCUUCUCAACAACGGGGAUCAAUAUUCCAACAACCUAUGCACACUCAGUUUUUCGGAUAGUACCAUCAGUGAUAAUUCAACUUCUAUCAAGGUGAGUAGAAACCGGAAGAUUAUGGAGUUCGAGUGUAAGAGAAAACGGACCUCUUCGUUUUUUGCAAAUAAUGAUAUAAUUCUAGGUUCGUGCAAUGAGCUACUAUACGCAUCGCGACAACAUGUACAUGAAAAUCGGGCAAAGUUUAGUUUGGUUGUUAUUCAUCCGUUACGUAAAGAAUGUUAUGAGUUGCCUCCUAACGAUAUUUGGUUAUAUAAGUCAGGUAUUAUCGAACAAGAGUCAUGUGGGCUCGGUUUUGAUGAUUAUACAAAUACUUAUAAGAUGGUGUGUGUUGUGUUACAAGGUUAUGUUAGUUGUUCCGAAUUUUAUAACGUAAGCGAAAAUCUAUGCACCAUGGUGCACGUUUUGGGGACGGAUGAUUCAUGGCGAAGGAUAUCUCAAGUUCCAUGUUAUCCUGUGAGAGGGGAAGGUAUAUUUGCGAACGGUUGUUUGCAUUGGCUAGUCAGUUGUCUGGAUUACUCGCCGAAUAAUGAAUUAGGAAGAAAAGUAAUAUUUUUCGACAUUAGGAUAGAGGAAUUUGGGUUGAUUGGUGCUCCUAGACGAACAUGUUAUAAUUGGGUCGAUGAGCAUUUGGUUGAUUUAAAUGAUCGAGUUGGGUUUGUGUACCACGAUUUCGCUGAGGAGAAAAUUGGGGUUUUGGUAUUGAAUAAGGAGAAAGAUGAAUGGGAGAUGUAUUGUUGUUUCGAUAAAAGACCGCCUCUUAUUUAUAAUCGAUUUAUAAAGGUUUUAGGCUUUUGGAACAAAAGCGGAGACAUUGUUAUGACUAACCAUGAUCGGAAUCGGUUGUUUGUUUACGGUGUGAAAGAUGAGUCUUUGUAUGAAGUCGGUGUAUAUGAUGAUGAAUUUGAUCAAGAUAUCCGAAUGUACCGGCCAUCAGAGUAA